CUCUCCUCUCCUUCCUGCUGUUCUCCCUCCUCCUCCUCUUUCUUCCUCCUCUUCUUCUCUUUCUUGGCGGAGGGGCGGGGAGGGAGGAGGAAGCAUGCCAGGAAUGCGCCUGGUCGUCUUCUCCUCCUUCCCUCGCCUCAGCGCCUGAGCCUUGUUGGGACUGAGGGACGCGGAGGGCUGCUGCUGCUGCUGCCUCUCUCUCUGGCCCUUCGCGGGAUGCAGCCUCUGCUCAGGAAGACCUUCUCCCGCCUCAGGGCCAAAGAGCGCCUCGGGCGCAAGAAGACGCUGCCAGUGGCGGCGGCGGCGGCGCAGGAAGAAGAUUCUCUGUCAGAGCCACCAGGUGCUUCAGGGUGUGCUGUAGGUCUUCAGACGGUAGGAUCUCUCCCGUGGGAGGAUGGAUGCACCAAGAAAAGCACCACUAUCACAGUGUCAAGGAAGCAGAACUGGGCCAAGUUCACUUGGAGUAGUCAAGAGGAUUCUCACAAGAGGAAACUGGGCCAGAGUUCCUCAAGUACUACAAAGGGACCUACUGACCAGGACAAGGUGCCAUCCCAAGAGAGCCUACACCAGGUUGGCUUGGUGGCAAGCGGGCCCAAGGAAGAUACUGAAGUGCCAGUAGGCUACAUGGAGUCCUGCAGCUCUAGCCUUAUUAGUGCCAAGUGCAGCAGCCAAGGUGCCUACUUGCAAAGCCUGGAGAGAAGCAGCCGCCAUUGGGUGCUCUCUUCGGGGAAGACCCAGGGCAUGGAAGAAGUAGCAGCUACCAGCUCCAGCAUAGAGUUGAAGGAGCCUCACAUUCUCUGCAGCAACGAGGGGGAGAUCUGGUACAACCCCAUCCCAGAAGAUGAGGACCUGCAGCCCCCCGGCUUUGAGAAGAAGUGGGAAAGUGUGACCAGGAAGGGGAAGCCAGUGGAGAUUAAAGCUGGAUGGGAAGAUAUCUGCCUAGGAAGCUCACAGCAAGCCAGGAGAGAUGGUUUCCAGACUUCACCAAGUCAAAUGAGGCCAGCCAAACAAGCUGAGGAAAUGAGCAACCCCCAGCCCCAGGCUUGUGGUGGAAAGAUGCUGUCUGCAAGCCCAGAUCCUGAGGAAAAGGCCACGUUCCCUGUUUCAGGGGCCCAGAGUCCCAUCUCCCACAAGAAGGUCCACCAUCUUGGCAAGGCAAAGUCUCCUGGCCCAGUGAGAAGUCUCUCCAUGAAGAUGAAGAAGCUACCAGAGUUGAGGAGGAAGCUUAGCCUCCGUAGUUCCCGUCCUCGAGGACCAGAACCAGAGGGCGGCUCAUCUCCCAAGGAGCCGGGCAGCGUCAUCAGCCGCUACCACCUAGACAGUAGCGUGACUUCUCAGCAGCUCCAGGCUCGGGGCAAGGCUGCCAGCAAAGGGGGCUACUUGAGUGAUGGAGAUUCUCCAGAGCUCCAGGCCAAAGCUGAGACCUACCUGGGGCUUGAUGAUGGCUCCUUCCGUCCUUACAGUUUUGCUGAGCAACCUGGCUGCUUUCAGCAUCUCUCUGGCCUUGUCAGCAUCCACCUGUUGGGGGUGCAAGACUUCAGGCCCCCCAAAGCUGAAGCAAAGGAAGCCUUCUGUGUCCUCCAGGUAGACUCAGUCAACAAGGCCCGCACUGCCCUGCUGCCUUGCCAGGACGCUUUCCUCAGCCUCAACCACUCCUUCCAGCUGGAGCUUGAGGAUUCCCAGCUCCUCAAAGUUGUGGUCUUCUCAUGCGAUCCUGCAGUGGGGAAGAAUCGUGUUUGCUGUCAUGGCACCAUCAUUUUACCCCAUGUUUUUCAAGGUUGCAAAACCCAGCAGUUGGCAAUGCAGCUGGAGCCACGAGGGCUCCUUUACGUCAAGCUCACCCUGGUGGAUCAGUGGGACCCAGCUAACAAUGACUGGGAGCCACAGGUGUUUGGCGUGAAACUGAGUCAGCUGGUGGAAAGGGAAGGAGCUGCCAUCAAAGUUCCCCUCCUGAUCCAUAAGUGCAUCACCCAGAUUGAGAAAAGGGGCUUGAAGGUUGUAGGUCUGUAUCGCUUGUGUGGCUCAGCAGCAGUGAAGAAAGAGCUACGUGAUGCCUUUGAGAGGGACAGUUCUGCCGUGGUGCUCUCUGAAGACCUCUAUCCAGACAUCAAUGUCAUCACAGGGAUCCUGAAGGACUAUUUGCGGGAACUACCCACCCCUCUCAUCACCAACCCACUCUACCAGGUGGUGCUGGAAGCCAUGUCCAGUCGGACAGAAGGGCAGGAAGCUAAGGAGACUUCGGCAACAACAGUGCUUCUGGAUUGCCUGCCAGAAGCUGAGAAGGCCACACUGACCAUGCUGCUGGACCACCUCAGCCUGGUUGCGUCUUUCCACACCUUCAACCGCAUGAAUGCUCAGAAUCUCGCUGUGUGCUUUGGACCUGUGUUACUGAGCCAGGGCACAGGAGGUCCAGGGGCCCGCAGCCCCAGACAACGACAUCACACCAUUGCCAGCACCAUGGACUUCAAGCACCACAUUGAAGUGUUGCAUUACCUGCUUCAGGCUUGGCCAAUCCCACGCAGGAAGACAGAGGAAGAGCAUCCCUUGCCCCAACGCCAGUGCCGGCCUUCCCUGAAUUUGCCGCUGUUGCAAACCACUGUUGUGGCCCGGAGCCGCCCCCGAGGCUUGGAAAGUCCCCCCAGCAAUCGCUAUGCCGGGGACUGGAGCGUGUGUGGUCAGCAGUUCUUGGCAGGACCCAAGCCAGGGGUUGGGGACACGGACUACGAUGAAGUGGCUGGGAGUGAGAGUGACAAUGAUGAUGAGAGGAAUGAAGAGGAGGAGGCAUUAAGGGAAGGGCUGGCACACCACAGCCGGACCGUCUUCAUGGGAGACUUUGCCCUGGUGGAAGAGCAAGAAGCUCCCUUCAGCCCGAGGCUCAAUCUGAAGGACUUUGAUGCUCUCAUCUUGGAUUUAGAGCAAGAACUCUCCAAGCAAAUUAAUGUCUGCCUGUGAGCAAGAUAGAAAAACUCUUCUUCUGUUUGUGAAACUCAGGCAUUCAUGCUCCUGAGACUUUAUCAGUAUUCCUUCUGUUCACGGUAUUUUGUGCCAAGUGAGCAGCUCUUAUUAUUUUUAUUGUUUUGGUUUGAUUUCUUUGCCCAGUGGUGAAGAGCCAAGGUGUGUGCUGUUGCAGAUUGGCUCUCAGGGUCCAGCCACUGAGGACUUUUAACCUCCCAAGGAGGGAGUGACCAUUUGCAACUCAGCGGCUUGUUUCUAUGUUUCAGUACGUCCAAGGAAGAAAGGAAGCGGUUGACAUUUUAUUUUAAUUUGCUUGAAAAAGUGAUAUCGAAUAAGUAUUAUUUAUGUAGCACACUUUCCUAAUCAUUCAGAGCACUUCAAAAAAUC